AUGAGGUAUCUGGGCCCUCAAACCUCUAGCCCGCGCUACGUCUACUGCUCCUGUAGGUUUCAAUGUGGCCAAAGCCUCGAAAAUCGUCGCGUCAAGUCUAUCAGACCGAGUCUGAACUUAGUGAGAGACGCUUCUUCAACUCGGGCGAAGCAUCUCCUGCCUGACCACCCAGCACGAACUCGAUUCGCACCUUCGCCAACCGGUAAUCUCCACCUCGGCUCCAUUCGCACAGCUCUGUUCAACUAUCUCCUUGCGAAACGGACUAAAGGUCAAUUCCUGCUACGGAUUGAAGACACAGACCAGAAGCGUACCAUCCCUGGCGCUGAGGCGCAACUAUGUAGGGACUUACAGUGGGCCGGCUUGCAGUGGGAUGAAGGGCCUCUUGUGGGUGGCCCAUAUGGACCAUACCGACAGUCAGAAAGGACGAAAAUUUACGGAGACCAUGCAGAGAGGUUACUCAGGUUGAAGCUUGCUUAUCGUUGCUACUGCUCGGCGGAGCGCCUUGACAUCUUGAACCGGUCUCGUCAUGAGGAAGGCCUACCACUAGGUUAUGACAGGAAUUGCGCGCAUCUUUCACUGCACCAGUCUGAAGACCGGGCACGGCGAAGAGAAAGCCAUGUUGUACGACUGAGAGCUCCAGACAGGUAUCCUCCAUGGCACGACUUCGUCUAUGGCAAUACCGGAAAGUCAGGACAGCAGGGUCGCAAAAACCUCAUUGACGAUCCUGUGUAUGAUGAUCCCAUCAUAAUAAAAUCUGACGGCCAUCCAACCUAUCAUUUAGCGAAUGUUGUGGACGAUCAUCUCAUGAAGAUUACCCAUGUCAUACGAGGCGCCGAGUGGAUGUCCUCGACUCCCAUGCAUUUAGCCUUGUACAAGGCUUUUGGUUGGGAACCUCCUCUCUUCGGCCAUGUACCAUUGUUGGUGGAUCAGAACAACCAGAAACUCAGCAAGCGCAACCUCGAUACUGACAUCGCCAGUUUCAGAGACAAACAGGGCAUCUUCCCAGAUGCAUUAGUCAAUUUUGCAGUUUUGCUCGGAUGGUCACACCAGCAAAGGAGCGACCUCCUUUCCUUGAAUCGGCUGGAAGAAAUCUUCGAUCUCAAAUUCACGAAAGGUAACACGGUGGUCUCUUUCGCAAAGCUUCAAUUCCUGCAAGAACGAUAUGCGCGUCAGUACAUUGCGGAGGGCGGUAAGCAGUUCCAUCACAUGGCCCAAAAAGUGUGCAGUCUUCUGCAUGACAUUUGUGACGAGAACCAUAUUUCUGCAAUACUUGGCAGGCGAAGCCUAGAAGAUGUAGUAGGGCUCAUACUUCGGGCAGAUUGGAAGUCCUAUACCACGGCAGAAGCUUUUGCACAGCGAAGCUCCAACCUCUUCAAGCCGUUAGAAGAGCUUCCCGCUUACACACCAUUGAACCCUGAUUGCCCGCUUUCUGCCCUCAGAGUGGCGGCUGCAUCGUUCUUGCUGAUCCCUGAUCAGCAAUGGACUGCCGCUGUUCAUCGGGACAACAUUGUGGCCAUCCAGCCGCCAGGGUCAGAAACGGAACCAGCGAACGAUGAAGCAAUGGAAAACGUCAAGGUUUGGAGGAAAGAGAUCUACCACUUCCUACGAUGGUCGUUGAUGUCUGGUGCAUCGGGCCCUCCAAUACCGGAUUUGAUGGAGAUUAUGGGCCGAGAAGUCUGCUAUCUGAGGAUCAAUAGAGCCAUCAGGAAGACAUGUGAGCAAGAACAAGCCAGUUACUCGGAGCAGCCGGAGGUUCGCUUGGAAGCAGCGGUGUAA